UUCAAUUUCACCGCUUGGAUCCAUUGCCUUCCUGUUGAUGGGAAGUUUGGAGAUAGAUCAAAUAUUUCUUUCAAAUGGAUUCGUACGACGUUAUUGCAAACCAGCCCGUUGUAAUUGAUAACGGUUCUGGUGUAAUCAAGGCUGGAUUUGCUGGAGAUCAAAUACCCAAAUACCAUUUUGCAAACUAUGUUGGUCGACCUAAACAUAUCCGUGUGAUGGCUGGAGCCUUGGAAGGUGAUAUGUUUAUUGGUCCCAAGGCUGAAGAACAUCGAGGCUUGCUUAGUAUUAGGUACCCAAUGGAGCAUCCUGUUCUGUUGACAGAAGCUCCACUCAACCCGAGGAAAAACAGAGAAAAAGCUGCUGAAGUUUUCUUUGAAACAUUCAAUGUACCCGCCUUAUUUAUUUCAAUGCAAGCUGUUCUUAGCCUUUAUGCUACUGGUCGUACCACAGGUGUAGUACUUGACUCUGGUGAUGGCGUUACCCAUGCGGUGCCCAUAUAUGAAGGGUUUGCAUUACCGCAUUCCAUAAUGAGAGUUGAUAUUGCUGGACGAGAUGUUACAAGAUACUUACAAUUAUUAAUGAGGAAAGAAGGUUAUAAUUUCCACACUUCAGCAGAAUUAGAAAUCGUUAGGACAAUAAAAGAACGUGGAUGUUAUUUAGCUUUGAAUCCUCAAAAAGAAGAAGGUUCAGAAAUUGAGAAGACACCAUAUACACUGCCUGAUGGAAGUACACUAGAGGUUGGUCCUGCCAGGUUCCGAGCACCAGAACUUUUAUUUCAACCACAUCUCAUCGGAGAGGAGUGUGAGGGACUGCAUGAAGUGUUAUCAUAUGCUAUUCAGAAAUCGGAUAUGGAUUUAAGAAGGACUUUAUUUGCCAAUAUUGUCCUAUCUGGCGGCUCUACUUUGUUUAAAGGAUUUGGAGACCGACUACUUAGUGAAGUGAAAAAAUUAGCUCCUAAAGAUGUCAAAAUCAGGAUAUCUGCACCACAGGAAAGGCUUUACUCUACAUGGAUAGGGGGUUCAAUCUUGGCAUCGUUAGAUACAUUCAAAAAGAUGUGGGUAUCUAAGAAAGAAUACGAAGAAGAUGGUGCCAAAGCUGUUCAUCGUAAAACAUUCUAAACCCAGACAUUUUGCUGUAAAUAUUAUAUCUGUGCAGUAGAACUGUGUUGAAUAAGGUCAUUUUAAUUAUUCAUUUGAAUACCACCACUUCAAUGUCUUGUUAUCUCCCAGAAUUCAUUGCGGUAUUCCUUGUGACAUCAUACAAGGCUUUUGAACAUCAUAUCAUUAAAUAAUUUUAAUUUUCAUAAAGCAUGUCAGUAUUUUAUGGUUGUGCUAAGCAAAGUCAGUUUACCUUAGUUUAUUCAAAAUAUCUCCAUAGCAACACAGGAUGCCAAGGUAAAUAAGUUAUAUUUGAGAGGUACAGAUUAUGAAAUGAACAUGUUAACAAAUGAUAUUGCUGUACUGUAAACUACUUUAAUUUCAUGAGACGACAGAAAUUUGAACUAGUGAACAUUUCAUUUUGAAGUGAGUCCCUGUGACUUUGGUUGUGAGGCACAGCGAAUUUGGGAGUGAGUCACAGAGAUUUUGGGAGUGAGUUACAGUAAUUUUAGGAGUGAGUCACCACAGCGACUUUGGGAGUGAGUCACAGUGAUUUUGGGAAUGAGUCACAUAGCGUCUUUGGGAGCGAGUCACACUGAAUUUGGGAGUGAGUCACACUGAAUUUGGGAGUGAGUCACACUGAAUUUGGGAGUGAGUCACACUGAAUUUGGGAGUGAGUCACACUGAAUUUGGGAGUGAGUCACACUGAAUUUGGGAGUG